UAGUUCUCGCAAACAUACCGCCCGUAGUAGUUGUGAAGAAGAUGUAGCUGGCGAGUAUCGUGCCUAGUUCAGCUGUUCAUCUCGUCUCGAAUUUUUUUUGGUUGGUUAGUGAAAUUCAUUAGAUUGUAGUCGGGGAAGUUUCCGCUAUUGUUGAAGUGUUUGCAAGGUGAAAAGUAACUGAAUCGGAUAUAUUUGGGCUCGAUCAGAACAACGGUAAACGGAACUGGUGAUGAGCGUCUGGAUGAAAUCAUAAUCGGCGUAGAAACUGCGGAUUAUUACCGUAGCGGUAGCGUGAGGUUGGACAAAAACCAUUUUCCCAUUUUCAUCGAUUUUCUCCUCCCUUAUAUCGGUGCUGACAGGGAGCAAAAGGAAAAAAGAAUGGGAAUAAUAUUUGUGUAUAUACACAAUACUGCUAACAAACUCCACUAGGAUCCUGCACAGUAACUACGUUUAGCGUAAUCACCUAAAGCUCAAACAAUCAAAAACAAAAACACGCACACGAUUUCACACCUCAAAUGAGAAAGCAAUGCACCAAUUAAGAAAAUGCUCACGAAAGAAUCUCCUCCUGCUGCUGACACUUGUCGUCGGUUACGCACUAGUGGCCUACAUGAUCAGCAGUCGGGAAUACGGGGACAAUCGGGAAAAAAUAAAUCUCAUCGAAGAAUCGAUACAAUCACUUCCCAACCAAGGCGCUUGCAGGAUGCCAUCCCUUCCCGUGGAAUCACCGGAAAUGCUAAGCUUCCUGAAGAAUGAACCACCGAUCGAGUGUGGUAAUGUCAACGAUGACUGGGUAUCCUGUCACAAAUCGGUUUGCACUAUCAAACCGGAAGUGGUGAAAGCAAGAGGCAAAAUCACUUGCAAUUUUGCUGACAUUCUACGAACCGAUGACUACAAGUUUCAGUUUGCACCGACAGUGCGAUCAACCGACAAAUACAUACUACGGAGAAGCGAUUUUGCCCGUGCUCAAUGUUGGACAGAAAACCACGUUCGCUGGAACGGAAUUGUGAUAGGCAUUCGUGAAGAACCGGCUCUACAGAGUCGCCAAAGCUGGAGCAAACAAGGCACCAUGAACGUUUUGAUGAUCGGCUUCGAUUCGCUCAGCAGAAACGCUUUCAUACGGAAGUUACCGAAAACAUACAAAUACCUGACGAAAUACUUGGGUGCCGAAGUGCUGCAGGGAUACAAUAUUAUAGGCGAUGGAACGCCACAGGCCCUCAUUCCUUUACUGACGGGAUUCACCGAGCUCGAGCUGCCGGAAACUCGUCGGCGCAUGGCACACUCUGAGUUCGUUAACGUGUACCCGUUUGUGUGGAACGAAUACGAGAAGUACGGUUAUAUCACAGCGUUCAACGAGGACGUACCGCACAUAGGUACCUUCUCGUAUCGUUUGAAUGGUUUCAAAGCUCAACCAACGGAUCAUUACAUGCGCACUUACUACCUGUCGAUUGAGAAUCAACUGUCAUAUUACAAAAGGUUAUGCGUCGGAGCGCAACCUCGCCAUAAAGUGAUGCUAGACUACACCAAAGAAUUUAUGCUAAGUUACCCCAAAAACCCAAGGUUUGUUUUUAGUUUCCACGGAGAACUUUCGCACGAUUCGAUCAAUCUGAUCGGGGUUGCGGAUACCGAUAUUACCAACUGGCUGGUAGAGCUGAAAAAGUCCGGAGUGCUCAACAACACAGUUCUGAUCAUGAUGUCAGACCAUGGAAACCGAUUUGCCGAAGUACGAAACACGUUGCAGGGCAAGCAGGAAGAGCGACUACCGUUCUUCAGUUUUAGCUUUCCGCAAUGGUUCAAGCGACAAUACUCGGAGCAGUACAAAAACUUCCAGAGCAACCUGGACAAAUUGGUGACACCGUUCGACGUGCACGAAACGCUACAGGAUAUUUUGAAUCUUGAAACACUGAAAGCAAAACAGCGACCGACAUACACCCGUGCCAUCUCACUAUUCGACAAAAUCUCCGAGAACCGAUCAUGUGCCGAGGCCUACAUCGAACCCCACUGGUGUGCUUGCCUGGAUUGGGAAUCGAUUGACGAUACCGCUUCGGAACCAGUGUUCCGUUCGGCUAUGGCCGUCGUCGAUUUCAUUAACAAGUACACGGAACAACAUCGCAGUCUCUGCUCGGUGCUCAGUUUGGACGAGAUUAAGUGGGCCGCUAAGCUGUCUCCCCAUCAGGAUUUGGUGAAAUUUAAGAAAAGUAAAGAUACGGAUGGAUUUCUAGGGGAUUUCAGCUCAUCCACGACGAAGAUUGCUCAUGACAUGUACCAGGUAAAACUGGUGACCAGGCCCGGAAAGGCGAUCUAUGAAGGCAGUGUGAUGCAUGAUAUUAGGAAAAAUCAGUAUCGAGUGAAACUUAGCGACAUAUCGCGGAUAAACAAGUACGGAUCCCAGGCCAACUGUAUAUAUGACAGGGAUCCGGAAAUGAGGAAGUAUUGCUACUGUAAGGACUAACCGAGAGAUGAAAGAAGUACCAUCUAGUUUGUAAGAGGAACAGUUCGAGUCAAUUUCAGUUUUUAGUUACCGAAUUACUUUAGAUGUACUAUGCAACCCAUGAAUCUCAGUGAGACUUAAAGCACAAAAGGUAUUGUUUGAUUAAAUAGAACGAAGUAAAUUAUUCCGAUGUUGUAUGCGUGUAUAUUAAUUAAAUGAUUUCCACUAGCAUCGUUCGAUGAGAACAAACGCUAUUUAGAGGUGUUUAGAAUGUAACCAAAAUAUUGUUACCGCGUGAAGAAUAUUUGAUACGAAGAAAAGAAAUAAACUUGUUACGGAGACUGGCAUAA